UCUUAAUUCUACAAUCGAUACUAAUGAUGAGAUUGCUAAUUAUAUGAAGAACGCUGAUAAAGAUAGCAAUCCAUUAAAUAUCUAUAACUUUAUUAAAAAUAAACUUGACAUCUUUAAGAAUAUAAAAAUGAUUAAAUAUUCCGAAACUGAAGGUUUGAAGGCAAUAGCUAAAGGAGGAUUUGGUACUAUUUAUAGAGCAACUUGGAAAAUAAACCCAACAAGGAAAGAAACUGUUGCAGUGAAAAGAUUUUCGAAUUCUCAAAGUAUUAGUAAAAAUUUUGUUAACGAGUUAAAAUCGUUUAAUCAAUACCAAAAUAGAUUUGAACAUAUUAUUAAAUAUUAUGGUAUUACACAAGAUCCUAAGACGAAAGACUAUAUGAUAAUAAUGCAAUAUGCAAAUGGAGGUGAUUUAUGUAAUUAUUUACGUGAAAAUUUUACAAAUAUUACGUGGGGAGACAAACUAGUUAUUAUACUGGAAAUUUCAAGAGGACUUGAUUGCAUUCAUAAAGAAAAUUUUAUACAUAGAGAUUUGCAUAGUGGAAAUAUAUUGUCAGUUAAAUCACGUAAUUACUCUAUAAAUUAUAAAUGGUAUAUCGGAGAUUUAGGGUUAUCACAACCCGCAAAUAUUAUUUCAAAUGAUGAAAUAUAUGGAGUGAUACCUUACAUUGCCCCAGAAGUAUUUAAUGGUAAAGCAUUUUCAAAAGAAUCUGAUAUUUAUAGUAUGGGUAUGAUUAUGUGGGAAUUAACUACAGGUCGUAAACCUUUUUCCGAUAUUGAACAUAAUACUGAACUUAUUCUUAAAAUUGUUGACGGAAAACGACCUGAAAUUACAAAAGAUACCCCUGAUUGUUUUGCAAAGUUAAUUAAAAAGUGUUGGGAUCCUGACCCCUUAAAAAGACCUCACAUAAAAGAAAUUCGCAAAACUAUUGCUUUAUGGGUAUAUAUGAAAAAUAAUAUUUUAUGCCCAUUUAUUAAUCAAGACGAGAAAGUAGAAGUUAUUGAAAAAUUCGAUCAAGCUGAAAAAAUGCGAUUGGAAUUAAUAAAGGAAAAUAAAUUUGGUUCUGAAUCUGAUGCGAGCUCUCAUCCUGGAGCUAUUUUUACUAGUAGAUUAUUAAAUUCAUCUUCUAUUAUUUCAUAUUUAACAACUUCGAAACAAAAAUUUCUAUUUGGGUCAUUAAGGCAACAAUCUUCUGUACGUUCUAAAAACUCUAAAAGGUCUCAUUCAGAAUCGUCAACUGAAAGUCAACAGCGGCAAACAAAAAAAUUAAAAUUUUUUCUGAAAAAAGAAACAACUCCAGCUCUUAGUGGACGUCAUUAUCAGAUGCUAGAAACAGUAUGACACACACCUUAGCCAAAAAUUUUUCAGAAAACUCUCCUUAUUUAAAAGAAAUUCGAAUAUGUAAAUAGUUGAAAUAUUUUUCUAAAUAAACAAAUAUCUAAUAAUAACCAAUGUAUAUAUAAUUAUUAAAUAAUAAAAUAUAUUUUUU